UUCCCAUCAUUCCCUAGUCCUUACCAACGAAACCCAAACAUUUCCGGUCGAGCUUCGUUGAUUUCUCCAGCUUUUCAGUGCUCUUAUACCUUAUACGAAGACACUGAACACCUGAAAUGGACGACUUUCAAACAGGGGAAGAGACAGCCUUUGUAGUCGAUGAGGUCAGCAACAUCAUCAAAGAGUCUGUUGAAGGUGCCAUCGGUGGCAAUGCCUACCAGCACAACAAGGUGAACCAGUGGACAUCCAACGUGGUGGAGCAGUGUCUGAAUCAGCUAACCAAGCUUAACAAACCAUUCAAGUACAUAGUGACCUGUGUGAUCAUGCAGAAGAAUGGAGCAGGCCUGCACACAGCCAGCUCCUGCUUCUGGGACAACACCACUGACGGUAGCUGCACGGUGAGGUGGGAAAACAAGACCAUGUACUGUAUCGUCAGUGUUUUCGGUCUGGCCAUCUGAGCUGACCCAACCCUCAACAUUCUACAGCUUCCACACAUAACCAAUGAUCAAUGACAGAGUUUAGAGCAUCUGUACAGAAUUUCUGUGUCAAAUGCUUGUCAGAGAUUGCUGCUACCAGAUUGUCACAUCAUUGUGCUUCAACUGGCCUAGUUAGCAUUCCUGACUGUAUGAUGAUUUCAAUAUAUCAAUUUUUAUUCAUUAGUAUAUGGACGAUGUUAGCCUGCCAUUUAUAUAAUUGUAUUCCUUAAUAAGUACUACUGGUGAUGUGUUUAUUUACGUACUACUGCUAUUAUUACAUGUACAAAUAGAGGUCAAGAACAAGUUCACAAAAUUGUGUUUUAUAUGGCUAAUUCAAAGAAUGUAUUCUCCACCUAUUAAUACUAGCAUUAAAGUUAUCUAUUAUAAGAUGUUGAUAUCCCUGUAGUUCAGUUUUGCAUUAUUUGUUCCACAGUUCUCUUUAAGCAACAACUUGUUUUGCUAUGUACUUAUUACAUACAUAACGCUACCAGUCUUUAUCAAAGGCUAUCCUUGCUCUUUCAAGUUUCAAAAUGAUGUGAGUGCCUUUCUCAUUGUUAUUAGGCUAGCACAAACAUUGACCAUCAGUUCUGUAUGCAGUGACUAAACAAAUGCUGUUGUCACUUUCGUCUGGAAAACAUAUGAAAAGAUCAAUUGACUGUUUGCUGAAAAGUGUUACUAGUAUCCCAAUUGUCACAUUAUAUCCACAGUACAUGACAAGUAGUUGUGCUUUUUUUAAACGUGUGACUAUAAGUUGACAUAGCAUUGCAUCAUAGCUGUCCAACUUUCUGUGUGCAGUGUCAGGACAUAACAUGCCUUACACAUGUGCAGGUCCUGUUCUAGCAUUAGCCAAUGCAUUGUACACUGCCUACAUGUAUCUGCCCCACUACUACUUUCUGUUCAAUAGCAAAUUUUUCUAGUUCAUAUGCUUUGUUCUUCCUUGGUACCAGUCAUCACUUUACAGUUAUUGGUGUUUUUUGCACUAAAAGAAUGUAAUCCACUUUUAGCUCGUGUUGAACUGUGAUGUUUCUUCACUAUCUGGAAAAAUAAUUUUUGGGGCAAGAUUCUUUUGCAAAUGUGUUGUUCCUUUCACAGUAUUUCCAUGUUGUUUGCUCUUGGUUUCUGUAUAUAUAACAUAGUGAUGAAGUGUAGAUGCCAGCUAAUAAUGGUUCCAAUAAAAACUUUAAAACUGCA